AUGACUAUUGAAAUAUUGACUGGCUCUAACUUCAAGACAUGGAAGAGAGAUGUUAAACUUGCUAUGGAGUUAGUAAAUGUUAAUCUUGCUAUGGUAACUCCUAAGUCUACUGAUCUUACAGAUGCUAGUUCUGAUACAGAAAAGCAAGUGUCAAUUCUAGAGCAUUUGCUAAGUGGUCUUUUAGAAACUACUAUAGCAAAAGAAUUUCUCACUAUAGUAUCUCAGAGGUACAAAGUAUCAAUCAAUGCUGAGAUUGGUACACUCUUGAAACAACUAUAUUCAAUGAAGUAUAAUGACGUUGGAGGAGUUAGGGAGUACAUUCUGAUAAUGGUCCAUAUUGAAAAUAAACUAAAAAAUCUAGACGUUAUUCUUCUAGAUGCUUGCAUUGUCCAUCAAGCCUUGAAUACUCUACCUCUAGAGUUUGGGACAAAUAUAACAACUUACAAUUCAAAGGAAGAACCCUGGAAUGUCAACAAUUUCAUUGCCAUAUGUGCUGUUAAGGAAGACAAACUGAAGGCAAAGCAUUCUAGUACUAUUCUGCUUGUGUCUAUACCUCACCAAAAGAAGAAAGGUAAGAAAUUCAAGGCUUCUGCUCCUAGUAUUGUUUAA